AUGGCGGCAUCGAUGCAACACGAUCGUCGAACACCUAUGAAACAAAAAUCAGUUGUUUCAAGUUAUGGUCCUGGAAACUCUUUAUAUUCCACGACUGAAUCUUUAACUGGUCAAGAUAUUGAAAAUUAUUUUCGUAUUGGUUCAACUCGACCAAAUUCUGCAACAAAUUCUAUUGCUAACUCAACAUCAAAUAUAAAUGAACGUAAAACAGUUCAAUAUCUUCGUCCAACAUCAUUUGAACAACAACAAAAAGAAGUUCAACAUUUGAAUAAAAGUAAACUCGAUAUUAUUCCAAAACAAUUAUUACCAAUUGACCAAAAAGCUUAUGCUCGGGAUUUUCAACAAAGAUAUGAUAAUGAAUUUUUACAACGUUGGAAUAAAGGUGUUUUGGGUGAUAACGAUGAUGAAACAAUGAUUAGUAGUUCAACAAGUCAACAAUUUUCAAAAACAAAUGCAAUAACAAUUAUUCAAGGAAAUACUGGAUCAGGAAAAUCCACUCAAAUACCUCAAUAUAUCUUAGAUGAUUAUGUAAAAAGUUCAAAACCAGUUAAUAUAGUUGUAACACAACCUCGACGUAUUGCUGCUCGUUCACUAUGUGAAUAUAUAUCACAUUCACGUAAUUGGCCUGUUGGACAAACUGUUGGUUAUCAAACAAGUUUAAAUAAAUAA